AUGACGUUUACACUAACCAAUCAGCAGCCACAAAGGGCCAACCGAGGGGGUGGGGAGAUCCUCGCAUUUUGACCAAUCCGAAGCAAGGAUUCUCCGUCUCGGGGACUGAACAGCAGCCCCCUCAACCCAAUGGGGCCAAAGGGGCGGCCAGCGACGGCCAAUAGGGCGGGCGCGGGGGCGGGGCACGAGGCGAGUGUGCCGAGUGUGGUAACGGAGCGAGUGGCAUCGGCGGCAGCGAGGGUAGCGAGGGCUCCGGAGCUCGGGCUCCCCUCUUGGUGCUUGAGGGCCGCGGCGGCUGUGGCAAGGACGGCGACGAGGGCGGCAGACUCCUGGCGGGCGGAGAAGCCUCUUCUCGGCCCAGAUUCUUUCAGGAUGAAUGGGUCCAAUGUUGCCAACACAACAGCCAAUGCAAAAUCCAAAGAGGACCAGGUGGUGAAUGGGCGUGAUGAGAAGGAAAGCAACCCCUUUGCGGAGUACAUGUGGAUGGAGAACGAAGAGGACUUCAAUAGACAGGUGGAGGAAGAACUGGAGGAGCAGGAAUUCCUGGACCGCUGCUUCCAGGAGAUGCUGGACGAAGAGGACCAGGACUGGUUCAUCCCCUCUCGCGACCUGCCGCAAGGUCUGGGGCAGCUGCAGCAGCAGCUCAACGGACUUUCUGUCAGUGACGGUCACGGGUCAGAAGAUAUCUUGAGCAAAAGUAACCUGAACCCCGAUGCCAAGGAGUUUAUUCCAGGAGUGAAGUACUGACUCUUCGGAAACCUUUCAGGAGGACUUGGGGGGGUCCCUCUUUCCAGGGACAGAAGUGCACACAGAGGCGGGGCGGGGCUGGGGUGGGGGGCUGCUGGGGGAGGGGAAAGCAAGAGGGUCCAACUCGACGCUGUGAAUCGAGUCUUAACGCGGGCAGUCUUCUCUACAAGCAUCUGCGUAUCUCUUUUGUUCUGCCAGCCCGCAUUGGGGCACUCUGGAUCUGUUUUCUUUUUCUUUUUUUUUUUUUUUCUGUUUUUCCUUUUUUGUUUAAACAUAAUUGCUCUUUUUUCCCUUUUUUGUUUGUUUUUGUGAGAGGAUUGCAGCCUCUGCCUUCCCUUUCCCGUAGAGGACGUUGGGAUGUGGAAAGCAUCUUUUUUCCAGCGUUAGUGUUUAGGGAGCGCCCUUCUCAUCCUGCAGCAAACUUGUCAGAUUCAAGGGAGACCCGCAGAAGUCGCCAGGUCCAAGCUGGUUGGCUAGGAGACGGCGGGACAGGGUAGGGGCUGCACCCCCAAGCCCUCAGUGGGGGGUUUGCCAAGUCUGCUUCUCUCUCAGAGGACUCUGUCCCAGGACCUCCUGAGAGCACGGACUGAGCCAUUGGCUGGCAGGGACUGCUCAGCAGGAAGCCAUCAAUUGGGAAUUCUCUUUUCCAAAGCCUCCAUGGCGAGGGUCUCGGCCCCUGUGGGUCCUGCGGUGGAGCUUUUGGGCACCUCCUUGAGGCAGAGUUGCUGCUCUGCCAUCUUCUCCUUCUGUGCCCUUGGUCGUUGGGACCCCGGUGGUACUGGGGCAGGGGCCCAGGGGGCCGGAGGCCUGGGGCAUUCCCGCGGGUGUGGCUUGAACUGUGAUUUUCACACUCCUUACCUCUGUUCGCAUCCCAUACUGUCUCCAGCCCUGCCAGCUUUCCUCCAUAAAGGCUUGACUCACACAGAGUGGGCAAUAUCCAAAGAUUUCCUUCCAGGGCUUGUUCUUUUUGGGGGAGCUUUAGAAGGACCCUCGGUGUGGGGGGAGGAGCCCGGUGGCUCAGGCCCUGCACAUGCGUCUCCUGGGCCGGUCCUCCCCCUUGCUGAGGGGCCUCUGUGGUGCCUCCUCCUGCAGGCGGCCGGACCCCCUCAGGGCACCCACGCAGCAGCUGUGGGGCAGCCGGGCAGGACCGAGGGCCGCUUUGACUGAGAGUGUGGGGGGUGCGUGUGAGAACAUCGGAGCCACUCGUGCAAGAGAACACUUCCCUAAAAGCCUUUGUUCUUGAUGAGCCAGAUUAGGGUCAUUUCUACGUCUCUGGACUGAUUCUCUUCCCUUCGCCAUUGGGGGAAACGAACCCCUCUUGCCUGGGUGGAGGGCCCAAUCCUUGGAGGAGGCUGCCCAUGCAGAGAUGCCAGCGGCCCCUUCCCCGGAGGGAAUGGCGCCCACUCUCAGCUCUGGCCCUCAGACACUCUGUCCCCGGACCCCGAAGGGACAGGAGCCCGAGACUACUCCCCCUUUUUUCUCUAGCCUAGGAGUAGUUGUGGAAGCGUUGGCUCUCGGUCCCCACAGAGUGGGAGAGGGGAUGGUGGCUUUAAGUCACUGCUUUGGAAGAGCCGACCACAUCCCCUUCCAGUGAGCACCAGCAGCCGUCCUGGUGGGAGGGCUUUGGACUGGGCCGGAGGUAAGGAGACUUUUCUCCUGCUUCCAGGGCCACGAAUGGGGGUCUUGGUUUUCUGCCAGGACCUCCCUAUUCCAUCUCCUGUUUGGCCGGCCCCGAAUCCCCAGGGGCAGAGUGGGGGGGAGGAGAGUGGAGGGGGGCAGGCUUGCUCAGACACAGUACAAGGCCCUGCCCGCCCCUCCUCUGACCCCCCCAUCUUCCACAUCUGUCUCCACCCCGAGUGGGCAGGGCUGGGGGCCUCCUCCCCGUGCUCAGCCCAUCGCAAGGUCAAGCUUGUAUUUCAGAGGCGGCUGCUCCCAUCAGGUCAGUCUGUCUUUCUUGGGAGCUGCGUCAGCACAUGUAGGGGCCCGAAUUGGAGCCAGACGGGACCUUCGGGGUCACCAAGCCCAACCUCUCCCUUCUACAGGCAGACAGGCGGGGGACCCCCAGGUCCCGUGGCUACUAAGUGUCUGCGGCUGCAUUUGAACUCGGGUCUCCUGGGCUCUAGGCCCCGCCGCUUCCCCGGUUCUGGCUCCAGUUCUGGGCUAAGUGUGAUUUUAUCUGAGGGUCUGUUCAGUGAUUAGGGUGGAAUCCCUCCGUUAGAGGGUGUGUAAGAUGGGGCCGGUCCCCUGGGCUCCUUGGGGCUCCCAGCACCAGCUGCAGACUGCUGGGGGCUCCCGGGGUCUUCCGAGACCCCCAUUGCUAGAGAGGAGCCUCUGAAAGGGAGCCUCUGGGGGAGGGGAUACCUGCAUCCAGAGUUUUCAAGAAAUGCCCUGGCUUCAACGGCUGUUGGGAGAGGCGGGUGGAGGGGCCCUCUCCUGCCUGCCCUCAGUGGCGCCAACCUUGCCUGGAGAGCAUUAGGUGGGCAUAGAGUGGGUGCAGCCCCCGCCCACUGCGCUUCUGAAGCCAGGGUGCAGGGGGAGCCCCCCAGAGUGUGGCUGAGCCAGCUCGGGCUGGCCCCCUCCCCCUGGGAUGCCCAGGGGCCCGCUGUGCUCCCUGCUGUCACAGACUGGAGUUGCAGGCCCAGACUGCAGCCUGGUAUCUGUCUGCACACCCGACACCACUCCUUCCUUGUGCCCGGGCACUUGCACAUGCGUUUUAUCUCCCGCCCUCCUUGCUAAGGGGCCGAACCUUGGGAAGCCCUCAGCGUCUUCCGUUUCCUGCCGGCGCCUCGAUUCUUCUUCUUCCCCACCCCCACCCCCCCAGUCUGGUACCAGAGGCAGAGGGGACCCUCCUGCGGGUGCCCGCCGCUAAGCAGUUGGUUCCUUGCCCGUCCCUUCGAGGGCGCGUUUUAGGAGCAGAAACUUUGGUUUUCCAGCGCUCCACAGGCGGUUCCCGCAGCCGUCCUGACCCACGAGUCGCACCCGGCCCUCCAGAGGACCCGACCACAGAGCACACCCUGGGCCCCCGGGCCACGCCUUGGGAAACGCUCGGCCCCUCAGAGCCGGCCUCGCCUGGGAGCCGCCAGGUCUGCGGCGUUUCUUUGGUGACCAAUGUUGCUUCUUGUUGGACAGCCCGGACCCCUGUGCCGGUGGCUCUGCAGACUUCCUGCAUCUGAUGGUGGACUAGGUUCUGCAGUGUCAGGGGCACAGGACCUGAAAGCAUCCGAGGGGAGAAAUCCCCCAAACCAGCCUUCGGAGGAGUGCGGUCGCCUCUCCCAGGGAUCAAGCUGCCUUUGUUCGCUGGGGAGGAGGAAGGACCAGAGAGCGCUCGUGCCUUGGGGGAGGGGUUCAUGGAAGGGAGCCCAGCUUGGAGCUGCCCCCUCGUCCUUCCUGGGGCUUGGGGGAGAUCCGCAGACAUGACAUUUGCAGAAAUAUCCACAGCACCUCGCUGACCCGCAGCAGUCGGGUGAAGAGCUUUGUUCUACACUAUUUGGGGAGAGGGAGAAUAGGAGCUUAAAAUGGAUUUUUUUUUCAUAAAAAUGUCAAAAAGGGAAAAAAAAAAGUUACCUUUUCUGAACUUUGCUAUUCAAACCAAAUGGCAGCUCUUGAAAUUUCAAUAAAGCGAGAAGGCAGUGA